AUGGUGGUGAGGGCCUUCGUCCUGCUCGUCAUCUUUGCAGAGGCGUCAGCGAGAUCAUGCACUCCAAGUAAAGCAGAUGUCAUCCUUGUGUUUUGUUAUCCCAAAACCAUCAUCACCAAAAUCCCCGAGUGUCCCUAUGGAUGGGAAGUGCACCAGCUGGCCCUUGGGGGGCUGUGCUACAAUGGGGUCCACGAAGGUGGCUACUACCAAUUCGUCAUUCCGGAUUUAUCACCUAAAAACAAGUCCUACUGUGGAACCCAGUCAGAGUACAAGCCCCCCAUUUACCACUUCUACAGCCACAUCGUCUCCAACGACAGCACAGUGGUUGUGAAGAACCAGCCCGUGAACUACUCCUUCUCCUGCACCUACCACUCCACCUACUUGGUGAACCAGGCUGCCUUUGACCAGAGAGUGGCCACUGUCCAUGUGAAGAACGGGAGCAUGGGCACAUUUGAAAGCCAGUUGUCCCUCAACUUCUACACCAAUGCCAAGUUCUCCACCAAGAAGGAAGCUCCCUUUGUGUUGGAGACAUCUGAAAUUGGUUCAGAUCUAUUUGCAGGAGUAGAAGCCAAAGGGCUAAGCAUUCGGUUUAAGGUGGUCUUGAACAGCUGUUGGGCCACCCCCUCGGCUGACUUCAUGUACCCCUUGCAGUGGCAGCUGAUCAACAAGGGCUGCCCCACUGAUGAGACAGUCCUCGUGCAUGAGAAUGGGAAGGAUCACAGGGCAACCUUCCAAUUCAAUGCCUUCCGGUUCCAGAACAUCCCUAAACUCUCCAAGGUUUGGUUGCACUGCGAGACAUUCAUCUGUGACAGUGAGAAGCUCUCCUGCCCAGUGACCUGUGACAAACGGAAGCGCCUGCUGCGGGACCAGACAGGGGGCGUCCUUGUGGUGGAGCUGACUCUGCCGAGUAGGGGAUUCUCCAGGUUCUACAGCUUUUCAGAUGUUCUCUACCACCUCCUCGUGAUGCUGGGGAUCUGUGCUGUGCUAUAG